AUGUCGGACCCUACCUCAAGCAAACCGCAACUACCGCAGGUGAACACACAGGUAAAUCCACAGGCCCCGCCGCCCCCACAACCCCAGCAGCAGCAGCAGCAGCAACCUCCUCAACAGCAGCAACAGCAGCCCCAACAACCUCCUCCUCCACAGCAGCAGCAGCAGCAGCAGCAGCCGCAACUCCAACUCCAACAGCCGCCCCAGCAGCAGCAGCAGCAGCAGCAAGGAAUCCCCUAUCAGCAGCAGCAGCCAUACGGCAGCGGUCCCCCCUCACCCAGCAAUCUCGCCCCACAGGUACCAUACCAGCAGCAGCCAUACGGCAGCGGUCCCCCCUCACCCAUCAACCUCGCCGCUCCCCAAACACCAUACCAGCAGCAGCAAUAUGGGAGCGCGCCGCCCUCACCCAGUAACCUAGCGCCGCCCCCCACCGGCUCGCCACAACCCGGGUACGCCCAACCAGCCGGCUAUUCACCCGCCCCGCAGCAAGCCGGCUACCCGCCCACCAUGCAGCAGCCCGGCCCCCCCUCUCCGCAGGGCUACUACCAGGGCUAUCCCCCCGCUGCCGCCCCGCAAGGAUACCAAGUAAGUCCUCCUCACCCCGCACCGCCGGUAUCAGCCACUAACCCACCGCAGUACCCCCCGCCACAGCAGCAGCAGCAAUUCCCUACCUCCCCACAGGCACCCUACGGCUACCCCACGCAAUACGCAAACUACCCCCCACAGCAAUACCCCCCGCCGCAGCCCACCUACGGCUACCCCCCGCACUCCCCCAACCCCUACGACCCCGCCUGGCAGCAACCCGCCUACAUCACACCCACCAUCACCUACCCCGUCAGCGCCGGGUACACUGCGGACGAAUGCGCGCCCCCGCACUACAAUGCCCAGCCCGACGCCGACGUCAUCGCGAAAGCGCUCACGCCCACCAGCGGCCUCGGAAACCGCGACGGCGAGGAGGCGCUCAUCCACAUCCUCCCGUUCCUGGCCCCGCCGCAGCUCGAGUCCAUCCGGCAGCACAUAUUGGCCAAGAACGGCGUGCGCGUGGUGGACCUGGUGGAUAAGGCGCUUAGUAAUGACUUUCAGGACGUGGUGCGCGCGGUGGUGCUGGGCCCGCUGGCGUUCGAUGCGUGGUUGCUGAAGCGUGCGAUGGGCGGCGUGGGGUAUAAGGCGGUGUAUAUGGAUAUGGUGCUGCUGGGUCGGCGUAACGGUGAUAUCAAGGCGAUCGAGGCGGCGUACUACCGCGCGCAUGGGAAGCACCUGGUGGAGUCGAUUAAGAGCGAGCUGAGCGGGCCUGUCGAGGCGCUGUUCAGGAAUGCGAUUGAGGCCCGCAGGCAGGACGAGAAUGCGCCCGUGGUGGAGGCGGCCGUGGAGAAGGAUGUGGUCGAGCUGUAUACGGCCAUGGUCGGCAGCGUCGAGGCGCAUGUGGUGGCGGAGAUAUUGGUCACGAGGAGUGAUGCGCAGAUUAGGAGGAUUGUGGAGAUGUAUAAUUCGAAGUAUGGCGUGGGGAAGGAGAAGAAGCUGGAGGAUGUCAUUGUGAAGAAGUUUAAGGGCCAUAUGGAGGAUGCGUUGCUGUAUAUUGUGCAGGGCGCGAAUAAUAGGGCGCUGAGGGAUGCGAGGAUGUUGGAGAGGACGAUGAAGGGUGUUGGUACCAGGACGGAGGAGCUGACAUACCGCCUUGCGAUCCUGCACUGGGAUAAGGCGCACCUUGAGGCCGUGAAGGCGGCGUAUAAGGCUGAGUUCCCGAAGAGGACGGAUCUGGUCGCGAGGGUGAAGGGAGACACGAGUGGGAAUCAUGGGAAGAUGUUGGUCGCGUUGAUCGCAUAG